GUCCCAUCUUCUUAUAGAAAAUUAGCUGUCUUCUCUUUCUCUCCUUCCAAUCGUUUAACAAGUCAACCUUUUGCCGCCCCUUCCAUCAGCCUAUUACAGCCCUUUUAGCGACACUAAAAAAAACGAUGAAAAUCAAUCCAGAAAUUGCCAAGAGCUUUCCAGACCUCUACGAAAGUGCAUUGAAAUACGAGGAACGCGGCCGAAAGAACAAACUUUGGCAGGAACAAGUGCAAAACGAACUGACGCUCGUAGGAGCUGAGCCAAAUAAAGUUACAUGGGAGUUCGAGAUCGCGGAAAAGCACUGCAACCUGAUCGGUAAUUUUCAUGGUGGAUGUGUAGCGACGGUGAUUGAUGUAUGCAGUAGUUUUGCAAUCUUGACAAAUCAAGGCAAACAUAAAUGGCAAUUCGUAGGAGUCUCGACUGGGUUAUCUGUAGCAUAUUUGAACGGGAUGUCUCCAGGACAAGUUGCACGAAUCGAAUGUGAAGUUCAACACGUUGGCAAGAGUGUGGGCAGCGUAUUUACUCGAGUUUACAACAAGGAAGACAACCGUUUAUGUUAUACCUCAACGCAUGGAAAAUACCGCAUUGAUGCUAGAUUAUAGACCAUACAUAUAGACAUUGCAUUUCUCGACACACAAGCCUUUAUCAAUUACCAUAGACCAUUUUGUCCUGUACAUGAGCUCGAUAUUAAAAGAAAGACCUAGUAGUCUUGAGC